AUGUUCUUCUCCCUCCUCUACACCCUGCUCGCCGGCUUGGUGCUGGUUCUACCUGUGCUGCUGUACCUUCGGAACCCCUACCUGGUCCAGGAUGUGCGCUACUGCCUGUCGGUUCUGCAGCUGGCUCUGAGUCUGAACCGCUGUAAGAGGCGGAACCCGUGCUACACCAUCCUGGACCGCUUUCUGGACCUGGUGUCCAAACAUCCGCACAAACCUUUCCUGUAUUUCGAGGGAAGCUGCUUCACUUACAUCCAGGCGGACCGGGAGAGCAACAAGGCGGCCUGGGCCCUCCGGAACCGGGUCCGGAGCGGGGAUACGGUGGCUGUGUUCAUGGGGAACGAACCCCAGUUCGUGUGGCUGUGGCUCGGCCUGUCCAAACUGGGAUGUACGGCGGCUCUGCUCAACACCAACAUCCGUUCCAAGUCUCUGGUCCACUGCUUCAGCUGCUGUGACGCAAAGGUUCUGCUGGUGGGAGCAGAUCUACAGGGGGCUGUGGUGGAGGUCUUGCCCACCUUACAGUCUCUGGGGGUCCAAGUCUUGGUCCUGGGGGUGGACUGUGCAGUGGAGGGUCUCCACAGUCUGACUGGUUCCCUCAGUGAAUCUUCAGACCAGCCCGUCCCAGUGGAUCUUAGGUCCAAGAUAACCCUGAAGAGCCCAGCACUGUACAUCUACACCUCUGGAACCACAGGACUCCCCAAAGCCGCCGUCAUUAACUAUGAACGGCUGUGGAUGGCGUCUUUUCUGCAGCUCAUUGCCGGCGUUCGCUCUGAUGACAUCAUGUAUGUUUAUCUGCCUCUGUAUCACAGCGCUGCCUUCAUGAUGGGCCUGUGUGGAUCCAUAGAGAGAGGGAUCCCUGUGGUUCUGAGGCGUAAAUUCUCGGCCUCCCAGUUCUGGAACGACUGUCGGAAGUACAACGUGACUGUGAUUCAAUACAUCGGAGAGGUUAUGCGCUACCUGUGCAACGUCCCCAAGACAGAACAGGACAGGGAUCAUAAAGUCCGUUUGGCUCUGGGCAAUGGGAUCCGAACUGACACGUGGAACGAGUUCCUGCAGAGGUUCGGAAACAUUUCCAUUUGUGAAUGUUACGGAGCCACCGAGGGGAACAUUGGCUUCGUCAACUACGUGGGCAAAGUUGGAGCGAUCGGCAAAGAGAACUUUCUACACAAAAUGGGGAACCCCUACGCCCUGAUCAGCUAUGACACCGAGAAGGAGGAGCCGGUCCGAGACUCCAGAGGGUUCUGUGUCCGAGUCCCCACAGGGGAGACGGGGCUACUAGUGGGGCAGAUUUCAGCCAGAAGUCCGUUCAGUGGCUACUCCAAGAACAAGCAACAGACAGAGAAAAAAAUCCUGCGAGACGUGUUUGUGAAGGGAGACCAGUACUUCAACAGCGGAGACCUGCUAAGGAUCGACCGGCAGGGCUUCGUGUUCUUUCAGGACCGCAUCGGAGACACAUUCAGGUGGAAAGGAGAGAACGUGGCAACAACAGAGGUGGCUGAUCAUCUGCUGAUGGUCGACUGCAUUGAAGAGGCGAAUGUUUACGGUGUGAAGGUACCAGGACAUGAGGGCAGGAUUGGAAUGGCCUCAGUGAAACUCAAAGAGAACAUGGACUUUGACUGCACAGCUACGUACCAACAUGUGAAGAACCACCUGCCCAGCUACGCACGACCACGAUUCAUACGCGUCCAGGAUGCGUUGGAUGUGACGGGGACGUUCAAGCAGCUGAAGGGGAAGUUGGCGAAGGAAGGCUUCGACCCAGCGCUGAUCCAGGACCCUCUGUUCUACCUGGAUGACAGUCAGGGCUAUGUCCCCAUGAGCCGGGACAUAUUCGAUGCCAUCGCAGAGGGACGGCUCCGCCUUUGAACGAGCA